UUUUUUUAAAUAAAAAUAAAAGGAGAAUCAAUUAAACCCUAAACCCAUCUCUGUGGACGCCGCCGGCUACACAGAAACUCGGCGACGGAGUCAACAACCAUGGGAAGAGGAAGACGACACAGAGGCCGUUCACAUCGAAACCAAUCAGAAGACAGCAGAGAAACCGCUCCAAAACCUCUCAAACCCGAUGCUCCCUUCGAUUCCACCAUCCAAAAUCGAACCUGGUCGAAUCUGGACUUCGAGGAGUAUUACAAGGAGCAAAGGAUAGUGAGAGCAGAGGAGUGGGAUUCGUUCAUUGAGAUUCUUCGUAAGCCGUUGCCUGCUGCCUUCAGAGUCAACUCCAAUGGUCAGUUUUGCGAUGAGAUUUUGUCCAUGUUGGAGAAUGACUUCGUGAAGUCUCUUCAGGCUGAGGCUGUGGAGAGUGGUGAAGUGGAGGCGAUCAAGCCAUUGCCUUGGUACCCUAAGAGUCUUGCUUGGCAUUCUAAUUUCUCUCGCAAGGAGAUUAGAAAAAACCAGACUCUUGAAAGGUUUCAUGAGUUUUUGAAGUUGGAAACUGAAGUUGGGAACAUGACCAGGCAAGAAGCUGUUAGCAUGGUGCCUCCUCUCUUCCUUGAUGUGCAUCCAGAUCAUUUUGUCCUCGACAUGUGUGCUGCACCUGGCUCCAAGACAUUUCAGCUUCUUGAGAUAAUUCACGAAUCAGCAGAACCAGGAUCUCUACCUAAUGGAAUGGUGGUGGCGAAUGAUGUUGAUUACAAAAGAUCUAACCUUCUUAUUCACCAAACUAAGAGAACGUGUACGACCAACUUGAUAGUUACUAACAAUGAAGGUCAACACUUCCCAAACUGCAACUCUAAGAGAGCCUUGUCCAUUGGUCAGCUUCUCUUUGAUCGUGUCUUAUGCGAUGUACCCUGUAGUGGUGAUGGAACUCUGCGCAAGGCUCCAGACAUAUGGCGAAGAUGGAACUCUGGAUCAGGGAAUGGACUUCAUAGCCUACAAGUUGUGAUUGCCAUGAGAGGUUUGUCUCUGCUAAAAGUUGGUGGGAGAAUGGUAUACUCAACCUGCUCAAUGAACCCAAUUGAAGAUGAAGCUGUUGUUGCUGAAAUUCUGAGGAGAUGUGGAAGCUCUGUUGAGCUUGUAGAUGUCUCAGAUAAGCUUCCUGAACUUAUCCGUAGACCAGGUCUUAAGAAGUGGAAGGUGCAUGAUAGAGGUGGCUGGUAUAGAUCUUACAAAGAUGUUCCAAAAGUGCAGAGAGACGGAGUUCUAAGAAGCAUGUUCCCUUCUGGUAAAAGCGAUAAAGACUCAACAACAGGUGGUGGAAGCAGCUCUGGAGAAAUAGCUUCUGAUGAAUCAGCUGAGGAAGUCUGUGAUCUUCCUCUUGAACGUUGUGUGAGGAUAGUGCCUCAUGAUCAGAACACUGGGGGGUUCUUUAUCGCAGUGCUUCACAAAGUUUCAUCUCUACCAGAUUUUCAGGAGAAGAGAAGGUAUACCAGAGGCAGAAACUCAUCUGAGAAUAAAGAGGAGAUAGUUGUAGGAGAAGAAGAAGCUUCAGACAAUGGCUUGAAGCUUGAGAAGGAAAGCACCAUCAAAGAAGUGCCACCACCAGUGAAAGGGAAGUGGAAAGGCCUUGACCCUGUUGUUUUCUUGAGAGAUGAAACAGUGAUCAACGGGAUCAAGAGAUUCUACGGCAUCAACGAUGAGUCUUUUCCUCUCAACGGCCAUCUCGUGACUAGAAACAGCGACACGAGCACCAAAGGCAACGUGAAGAGGAUUUACUAUGUUUCAAGAUCGGUUAAGGAUGUUCUUGAGCUUAAUCUUGCAACUGGGGAGAAGAUUAAGGUCGCAUCUGUUGGCCUCAAGAUGUUUGAGAAACAAUCUGCGAGAGAAUGUGAAGCUGGCUGUUGCUCAUUCCGGAUAACUUCAGAGGGAUUGCCUGUGAUCCUUCCCUACAUGACCAAGCAGUUACUUUACGCAACAAUGGUGGAUUUCAAGAAUCUCCUGCAAUACAAAUCCAUCAAGUUCAUUGAUUUUGUCCAUCCACAGUUUGGCCGGAAAGCAGCAGAAGUAGCCGAGGGAUACUGCGUUGUUGUUCUUGUUGAUGGUACUCAGAAGGACGGGUCUGAAGCAGUCAAAGUGAGUUCAUCAACAAUAGCCAUUGGAUGCUGGAAAGGCAAAGCCAGCUUAACCGUUAUGGUGACGACAGUGGACUGCGACGAACUUAUCCAGAAACUUGCUUGCUGAUAUAUGGAGACAGCUUAAAGCUUAAACAUCAUUAAGAUAAACUCAAGACUGUUAGUAUCAUUCAUGUAUUUCAAAUCAAAAGCUAUUGUUAUUAUAUUGCGUCUUUCUUACUAUCAGUUUAAUGAAUGAGUUUUGCUU